ACACAUAACAGGAAUUUUGUUUGAAUAGGGGUCACAUAAAAAUUAGGCAUUGAUGGUGAAAACGGGCAUCACUCUUCUCCCUUAAACACCUCUUAAAACAUCUUCUUAACAGUCUUCCCUCAGGUGUUCUUAUUCUACUUGUAACAAAUCCCCCAUUCUUGUUUCCAGGAUGUCUCGGCGCGCUAUCAGCAGGCGUGGCGCUGGCGCUGUCUCCGGUGACGGUAGCGCUGUGCGUGCGCAAGUCAACGCGCGUCACGGCCGUCGUCGGCGGGCUGGUGGCCGCUCUCGGCUGCCUCUUCACCUCCUUCGCGACGCAGUUCCACCAGCUCUUCUUCAGUUACGGUACUGUGGUCGGAGUAGGCGUGGGGCUGACGCGCGACUGUUCCACCCUGAUGGUGGCGCAGUACUUCAAGCGGAGACGGGAGCUGGUGGAGAUUUUCAUCGUGAGCGGCAGCGGGCUCGGCAUAGCUGUCAUGUCCACCUUUAUCAAAGGCGCCAUACGAGCCAUCGGUUGGCGGUUAGGGCUGCAAGCGGUGACAGGAGUUGUCUUCGUUACCUUCAUCCUGGGCACGUUCUACCGGUCAGCUUCAUUGUACCAUCCUCAAAGGAGGGCGAUACUGCAUCUCAAGAAUCAAAAUAAGAUCAAGCGGAAAAUGAAGGACAGGAACAAGUCUGAUGAUAGACAGCCCUUCUUCGACUUCUCGACGCUAAAGUCGAAGACGGUGAGGAUCCUGCUGAUGUCAACGGGGAUUUCAGCGUUUGGGAUCAACACGCCGAUAUUCUAUUUGGCAUACCAUGCUGAAGAAGAAGGCCUAGGCGACACAGCAGAGAUUCUCCAGGCGUACUUAGGACUAGCAUGGGCGGUGGGCUGCGCGGCCUUCGGUCUACUGGUGAGGCAGAACUCAGCCGAGUGCCGCAUCGCGAGGCAGUACCUGACGCAAGCAGCGGUUUUCGUAUGCGGACUGGCAACCAUGGCGCUCACGGCUGUCGAGGGCUCGUAUAGGGGAUACGUGAUGUUUGCAUGGGUAUACGGCAUCUUCUGCGGCGGCUACCACUACUCGCUGAAGAUGUACACAUACGAGCGCGUGCGCUCGCGCAACUUCGCGCGCACGUGGGGCUUCGUGCAGUGCUCGCAGGCCGUGCCCAUCGCCAUCGGCGUGCCGCUCUCAGGCUACAUAAACGUGGGCUGCGGAGGGAAGGCGGGGUACUACUUCAGCUCGACUUGCUCGCUCAUCGGCUCGCUGUCUCUCUUCUGCAUAGAUCUGCACCGGCGCAGCGUCGCUCAUAAACACACCAAAGAAAAUGGCGCUACGUGCGAGUCUGCGUGCGGGCCGUCGCGACGCAGCCGGAGCCGCGAUCGCGAGCCGCGUGCUGCGACUGGCGCUGCCACAGCUUUAGUUCUAGGAGCAGAAUUAGUAGCACCAGGCAGGGCAGGCCGAGACCUCCUACUGGACAGCAUAGGGCCGGGCAGUCUGGGGUCGCCCCCACCCAAUGUGCCUCCCGAGCUGACUUGCAUCAGCGAGGAGGGCGGACUGGAUUUGGACCUGGAUCUGGACAUACCAGAACACCUGUUAGAGGACCUGGACUGUGGUGGUGAUUGUAUCACUAGUUGUAAUAAGGUCGAAAACUACUUGAUGUUGAGCGAGUAUGAAAACAACCUGAUAGCAGAGCUGCCCAACUUAAACGAGCGGCGCAACCGGCGCUGGUCAAUCGUGGUCUCCAACUCCCCCCAGGCUUCCACCAUAGAACACCAGGACUCCCCAGAACACAGGAACUCCAUCAAGUGGAAGAAGAAGUGCCAUAACACAAAUAAUAGACUGAUUACAGUGAUCAACGAGGCCUCACUGUGAAAUGCUAGUGCGUUAAUGUUGAGACAAUAAAUAGCGUAAUCGUUUAGUGUACCUAUUUAACCUCAUUAAUUUAUUUGAUGUGUGUGAAUAGUAGCGUUUGUGUAUUGUUCAGUAUAAUUUAUUAAAUU